AUCUUUUGAUAUUUUUAGGCCAAUUAGAGUACAUAGAGACCACCGUCAACAACCGUAUAUCCAAUUCUUUUAACUCCAUUAUUGCUGCACUUAAGCUUGAUUAGCCUCCAUUCAAUGUUUCCCUUCCAACAAAAUAAUGAAUUUUCGUCCCAAAUCUCCUCGAAUCCCCACCAAGAUAUUGCUGAAGACAAUCCGAUCUUGGGUGGAACUUCCAACCUUUCCAACUUUAUGGUGGAUGGCCAGCCUCCUUUAAUAUUAGCAAAUUCAAACACUAAUAAUGAAGUUAAUUAUACUUGCGAUGAGAAGAAGAUCAUUCGCAAGGAGAUCGAACGGCAAAGAAGGCAACAAAUGUCUACUCUUCAUGGAUCGCUUCGAUCCCUCCUUCCUCUUGAAUCACUCAAGGGAAAACGUUCAAUGUCUGAUCACUUAAAUGCGGCUGCGAAAUAUAUAAAAAACCUUCAGAAUAACGUCCAAGAACUGAGUGUUAAGAGAGAUAUGCUCAAGAAUUUGUCCGAUUCUUCUACUUCUCUUGAUGACCAAGGGACGGAAAUUAGUUCACAAAAUAAUUUCAUGAACACUAUUGUUACUGUCCGCUCUCAUGUGGGUGGAGUAGAGAUUGGCGUAAGUUGUGGAUCCGGAGAGAACAGUUUUCCUCUAUCAAGAGUGCUAGAAGCUGUUGUAGAAGAGGGAUUUGACGUUGUUAGCUGCAUUUCCACCAAAAGAGAUGGAAGGUUAUAUAGUACAAUUCAGUGCCAGGGGAUCGAUGGGGGGAAAAGGAUCAUUUGAAGUAAAGCGUUGAUACAUUGCAUGCAUUAACUUCAAAAAUUGGCCUCAACAAUAUAUGCACUGGCAUUGCACAUCAAUUUAUACUUCAAGGGUGCAUGGGAUUAAACAAGAUAGACCCAUUCAACGCUGAUCGACUAAUUAAAUGCCAGAAAAGGAAGGAGGCUACCCAGGUAAGUUCACUAAUAACUACUGCAAUGCUGAUACUGAAAAUCAUAAACUUUUUCUUCUGAACCCUCUAACACAAAUUUGUUUUCAAAUUCUAUUUGCAAUAAUUUUCAAAAUGGAGUUUGGCAAUGUGUUUGCCCUUGGGUGCCCAAACUCCCAAACAAUAAAAGUAACUUUUCCCAUGAAUUCUAGAUAUAAGUUCAUGAAAUGAGCUACAUUUUGUGGUUUUGGAAUAUAGACCUAAAAGCUUGCUGUAUAUAGUUAAACUGGCUUUUUAGUAAAGUGCUUUUUCAAACCGAAUUUGACUUGCCUAUAUAUCAAGUGUAUGCAUCAAUCCAAUAGAUGAAUGACAUAUGAAAUAAAAAUCUAUACAUUCAUCUUACUUAAAAUCAUGGUAGAUCCUAUUUAUUAUUAUUAUUUUUUUCAAAUGAUGAUUCUUAUUUGAUCACUGCAUGAAUGGGGCAUAUACAUAGUAUAUGCAAGAAUUUUCCAUCAAAAACAUUGUUUCAACCUAUAUGUGAAACAGACAUGCAGUAAUCUGAUGUUGGAUGCAUGACGGCACAUGAUGAGGAAUGGUGGUUGUGGGAGUUGAAACAUAAUGAUAGGCGGUAUGGUAGCAGUUAUUAAGUUGGGGGCAGUGUAGUAGACUGGCAGUUGAGAGAUAGCAAAUAAUAGUAGUAAGAUAUAUAAUGGAGGUAUAUGUGAUGAAGAAAAAUUUUGGUUAUAAGGGCAACGAUAUAGAGGAUAAGGUUUUGGCAGUAUAAUUUUGAUAUAAAACCUAUGCAAUAAGAGGAUGGGGGGGUGGUACAAUUUUCCUAUUGUAGGAAUGAUAAGAUGACUCAGACUCUUAAAAUUUAGAAGGAAGGGUUUCAUGUAUCUCCAUCAAUGGUGAGUAAAGAGACAAAUUAUGAUUGCAUGGAUGUAAAACCUAUAUAGUGAUCAAAGAGAAAGGCAGAGCAGGAAUGCAAUUUGAUCUUAGUAGGAGUUAAUUAAUUAAUUGGCAAUAUAUAUACUAUAUUUUGUUUAUAUAUAUUGAUCUGUUGCUGCAGUUGAAGCACACUUCAAAGAGGGAUCACACAUAAUUAUCAGAUGCAUUUCCUGGAGAGGGACAUUAAUUCAAUAGACGUCUAAAUUAGUGCACACAAACGUUCAUUGCUCUGGACUGGCCGUAACUUUCUUUGGAAAUUACUUUAAUAAGACUACCUUAAUUAAUUUUAUGUUUGCUGAAAUUGCAUGAUCAAUUUAGGCACAUAUAUGUUUUGUUUCUUUGACAAGAUCGUUCCGGUAGUGAAACAGAAAUUGUCAAUUCUUGUAUUGUUUAUACAGAAAUUGUUUAAUGUUAUAUAUAUAUUGUUUACUGUUA